AAUAUGAUUUGCCUUUAGAUGUGCAGUCAUUGGCUCCUUGAAUCAUAAAAAAUCAGAGAUUUUCAAAUGUGGGAUGAUUCGAGGAAGAUAUGUGAGUAUUUUUAACCUAGGAAGAAGAAAAAUAUUAUCUCUAUGUGAAGUUCGAGUCUUUGGAAAAUCAUCAGAUUCUAAUCCUCCUGGUCACCUGUCAUUCAAAGCUAAUUCUGAGCUUCCAUCAGCCAUGCCUCACAAUACCAUAAGUUCACCCAAUUCAUUGGUAUCGAGGGGGAAACCAGCCUUCCAGUCUAGCACCUUCAGUCCUUUAGGGUCUCCGGAGAGAGCUGUGGAUGGAUUUUUAUUUAGUGACUUCAAAAAAGGUUCUUGUAUGCAAACUAACCUAGAGAAUGAUCCAUGGUGGAUGGUAGAUCUGGGUUCAAUACAUACUGUGGAAUCCGUGUCAAUCACCAGCCGAAGAGAUUGUUGCUCUGAACUGAUGCAUGGAGCCAUGAUCCUGGUUGGAGAAUCCCAAUAUCUGGAUAGCAGAUUGAAUCCCAGAUGUGCUAUUGUUCCUGCCAUGAUACCUGGAAAAACUGAGUCUUUCUCCUGUGGGUCAAUGAAAGGAAGAUAUGUGACCAUCACCAUUCCUGGCAAAGGAAAGCUCUUAACUAUGUGCGAAGUACAAGUCUUUGGGAAAGCAUUCAAAGGCCUGGGGCAUUGGGAACAAAUCUUUCAUUCAGUUGCAUUACUUUCAAAGGGAAAGUCAGCCUCCCAAUCCAGUGUAUCCUCUCUUUCUGCAUCUCCUGAAAGAGCAUUGGAUGCGUCUUUCCAUAGUGACUUUGAGAAAAGUUGUUGUAUUCAAACACUCCGAGAGAGUGAUCCUUGGUGGAUGGUAGAUUUGAGUUCAACAUAUUCUGUUGUCCUUGUGUCACUGACCAACCAAGAUGACUGUUGCCAAGACCAAGUCACUGGAGCUAUGAUUCUAGUUGGAGAUUCACCUCAUCGGGGUGGCUAUUUCAAUCCAAAAUGUACCACCAUUUCUUCAGUGCCUUCAAGAAAGACUGUAUUUUUCAACUGUGAGGCAAUGAUGGGAAGAUAUGUGACUGUCAUUAUUCCAGGAAAAGAAAAGGUGCUACCUUUGUGUAAAGUAGAAAUCUUUGGUGUUAAUGAUACCCAACAAUUUACUCCUCCUCAAGUGGAUUGGCUUUCUAUGAGUUCUAGUUUCCCACAGAUAAUCUUUGCUUCUAAUUCUCGUCAGAAUUCUUUGGUUCAAAUGUCACUAAAGCAAAAACCAGUUUCCCAAUCCAGCAUCUUUGAUCCCUCUGGGUCUCCUGAAAAAGCUGUGGAUGAUUCUUUAGAAAGUGACUUUGAUAAAGGCUCCUGCAUUCAAACACACCUAGAAACUGAUCCCUGGUGGAUGAUAGAUUUGGAGUCUUCACAAUCUGUGGAAUUUGUGACAGUCACCAAUAGAAGAGAUUGUUGCCAUGAGCAGAUAAAUGGAGCUGCAAUUCUUGUUGGAAACUCAUCUUAUCAUGGUGGCAAGACAAAUCCUAGAUGUGCUACAAUUUUUACAUUGGGUCCUGGCAAGACAAAAUCUUUCAACUGUGGCUCUUUGAGGGGAAGAUAUGUUACAAUCACCAUUCCGGGAAGAGAAAAGUUACUAACUUUUUGUGAAGUGCAAGUCCUUAGCAAAAUGACACAGUCUUCACCUGGCAUUCAGCCAUCAACUCCUAAUGCCCCUCAUAAGUUGUCCCCCCCAUCUAACAAAAAUACAUCAACUCCUUUUGGUAGUGGUACCCUAACAAAAUCUCUUGGCAUGAAAAACUACAUCAGACCUUGUGCUCCACUGCUAUCACAAGGAAUGAGGGCUUUCCAGUCAAGUAUCAGUACUUUCUUUGGAACUCCUAAGAGAGCCAUUGAUGGAUCCUUGGCAAGUGACUUCAAUGAAGGAUCUUGUAUUCAGACAUUAUUUGAGUAUGAACCUUGGUGGAUGGUAGAUUUGGGUUCAUCAUACAUUGUCGAUUAUGUUGCAAUUACCAACAGAAAAGACUGUUGCCAUGAAGCCCUAAAUGGAGCUGUGAUUCUUGUUGGAGACUCAUCAAUCAGUGGUGGCAAAUUUAAUCCCAGAUGUGCUACAAUUUCUUCCUUGGAUCUUGGAAGAACAGAAUCUUUCUUCUGUGGGUCAAUGAAUGGAAGAUUUGUGACUGUCAUCAUUCCUGAGAAAAAGGGAUUUCUAACUUUCUGUGAAGUACAAGUCUUCGGCAAACUGACUCCCUUUUUGCCUCAUGACUUGCCAAAACUUGACAGACCCUUUGGUAUCAAUAUAGCAUUAGGGAAAAUUUCUUACCAAUCCAGUACUUUCCACCUACUUGGCUCAUCUGACAAAGCUAUUGAUGGGAAUGAUAUCAGUGAUUUCUACAAAAAUUCUUGUACUCAUACAAAUAAUGAUUUUGAACCCUGGUGGAUGGUAGACCUAACUUCAGAAUUCAUCGUGGAUACUGUUAUGAUCAUCCCUAGGGGAGACCGUUGUGUGGAAAUGACAGCAAAGUAUGAAAUUCGAAUUGGAUAUUCAAAAGAAAAUAAUGGCAAAUCAAAUCCCAGGUGUGGAGAUAAAGCCAGAAUUAGUCCAGGGCAGAAACAUAUUUUUAAAUGUAAUGGAAUGCAAGGACGUUUUGUAACUGUUACCAUGCCAGAAGUGAAAGAGUUCCUCAGUCUCUGUGAAGUAGAGGUGUUUGGCAAGCAAAUCACCAACUCUGGCUGAAACCACGCAAUUUUUUCUUCAUUUUCAUUUCUUAUGAAAAAAAAAGUUAUCAAUUAACUGAUUAAAACAUAAUUCCAAAGGAGCCACACAGGGGAAAUCUCUUUC